UUGCUGGUUUGGUCGAGAGGCUGGUGAAAUUCAUAGCAACCUGGAGAACAGCGGUUCAAUUCUCAUAGCGGUUGUGACCGAAGCCGUUUCCGGUCAAAGAAAGUUCCCAGCGGAUUUCAAAUUUGGUGUUGGCACAUCGUCGUACCAAAUCGAAGGAGCGUGGAACGAAGAUGGCAAGGGCGAAUCGAUCUGGGACCAUCUGGUGCACAACUAUCCGGAAAAGGUUGCCGAUCGUUCCACUGGAGAUGUUGCCUGCAACAGUUAUCACAAUUGGAAACGUGACGUUGAAAUGGUGCGAGAGCUAGGGGUCGAUAUUUAUCGGUUUUCAAUCGCCUGGCCUAGAAUAAUGCCGUCCGGUUUCGGCAACGAUAUCAAUCAGGCUGGUAUCGACUACUACAACAAUCUGAUUAACGAACUACUAAAAUACGGGAUCCAGCCAAUGAUCACAAUGUAUCACUGGGACCUUCCUCAGCGACUGCAGGAUAUCGGUGGAUGGACCAAUCGGGAGAUCAUUGAUAAUUUCGUCGAAUACGCUAGGGUAUUGUUUGAUAACUACGGUGAUCGAGUCACGAUAUGGACCACCAUUAAUGAACCUUAUCAAAUUUGUUUACCUUCAUACGAGUAUGACGGAAUGGCUCCGGGUUACAGUUUUCCUGGUGUUCCCAGUUAUCUAUGUAUCCACAACGUAUUGUUGUCUCACGCAGAAGUCGUUCAUCUGUAUAGGACUCAGUAUCAACCUACUCAGAAAGGUGUGAUUGGGAUGGUUUUUGAUGCUUCUUGGUCAUAUCCAAACAGUGACUCAGCAGAUGAUCAAGAAGCCUCCAAAACAGCAAUGAGGUUUAACUUGGGUUGGUUCGCAAAUCCCAUAUUCCAUGGAGACUAUCAUCAAUGGAUGAUCGAUCGAGUUGAUGAAAAUAGUCGGAAGGAAGGAUUCAUUACUUCCCGUCUGCCGAAGUUUACUGCUGAGGAAAUGGUCAAGUUGAAGGGAUCCACCGAUUAUUUCGGUCUUAACACCUACACGUCCUACAUUGUGUACAAAAACACAGAUCCCAAAAGCUUUCCGAAGCCUUCGUUUUUAAACGAUAUGAACGUCCAGAGCUAUCAAAAUCAGUCCUGGGGAGAGUCCGGCUCCAGUUGGCUGCGAGUGAACCCGGAUGGAAUGUACCGUUUACUAAAUUGGAUCCGUACCGAAUACGACAAUCCGAUUAUCUAUGUUACUGAGAAUGGAGUCAGCGAUCGGGGAGGAACUAGAGAUGUGGCUCGUGUUAAGUACUAUAACGAAUAUCUGAAUGCCGUUCUGGAUGCCAUGGAAGAUGGAUGCAAUGUUAAAGGUUACGUAGCAUGGAGUCUAAUGGACAAUUUUGAAUGGAGAGCUGGGUUGACUGAGCGUUUCGGACUGUACUAUAUAGAUUUUACCGAUACGGCUAGGACAAGAAUAGCUAAGAGUUCGGCAAGAUCAUACGCCAACAUUAUCAAAACGCGCAUGAUUGAUCCAGAAUUCAUGCCGGAGCCGGAAGUGUUUGUUCCCGAUAAUUGA